AUGCAUGAAUCAAAUAAGUCUCCUGAAAAGAUUGUGCACGAAUCUACGAAAUCUCCGAAAAAGCUUGAGACAGCUGCAGUGGUUGUUUCGACUGCUAUUAUCAAACUAGUGGAACCUGUUGAUGAUACUGUGGUGGCAGAGAAACUUCCUUCUAAAUCUGGUGUUUUUCUUCGUUUGAAGAAAAGGUCUAGGGGUUCCAGAAAAUCUUCUGAUGUUGGAUCAAAAUUUUCUCCUUCUAAUGUUCGUAAACCACAACUCUCUCAUCAAGGAGUUAUUUUCCGAGAGGUUCCAGUUCCAGUAUCACCUCUAUCCAAGAAACGAAGAGCUGAAGAUGUGGCCAACCAUAUUUCAAAGAAGAAGAAAAGACAAAGAAAGUUGAAGUUGAAUUCUAUUCUUCAAUCUCAAGCGGAUUUGGGGAGUAAUUCGUCUGUAACUCAUCUGGACGUGGAUAAUAUGCUGAAAACAUUCGAAGGAAAAGUGGUAAGUAAAGUCUCUGGAAUGGUACGAGAUUCAGAGAUUCGUUUGUUGGAAAGGAUUGAUCACAAUGAUCAAAAUGAUGAAUUACGAGUUAAUUCCCUCAAUUCAAUGUUCAAAGAGGAAGUGAAAGAAUUCAAGAAUGUGGUGAAGGAACGACAUGUAUUAUUCGUUCAGGAUGUCAAGAAGGUGAGGGAAGAUGUAAAUCUGCAAAUCCAAGAACUUUGA